UUAUUACUAUUAUUAUUAUUAUUAUUGUUUUUCUCGUAGUAAGUUCGUUGGCGUGUCCGCGUGUAGUGUACCUACUUAUCGCGUAGUACGUCGCAGCCGCACUCGUAGUACGCACCGUCGCUGUUUCCUGACCGUCUCCACCAUAGAAAUAAGAGGUCUCUCGUCACUGGUCGUCGUCGUCGUCGUCACUGUUGCCCGAGGUUCUCGAGAUCUCCGUUUCGCGUAUGAUUGUCAGUAUUAUUCGUGCCUUUCAUCCGGACCGUACGUUCGAAAUACACGACAAUAAUAACAUCACACACGCGCCACAUUAAUAAUAACAAUAUUAUUGGUGGUGUUCUGAUAAUAUUAUAUCGUACGACGAAAUAGUUGUACAAGAGGUACCUACUAUUUACCUCGCGCUCGUGUUUGCCUUCGGUAGUUUUGCACAACACAUACGUAUUAUAUUAUUAUAUACGACUCGAUAUAAUAAUAAUAAUAAUAAUAGACGCAUAAAUAUAAUAGUGCUAGUAUAUUCUUGAAGCGAUUGUGUGCACACGCAAUCGCGUAUCUCUCCGCGUUAAUUUGAUUUACGCACAACUCGUUUUACCUGUUUUUACUUUUAUUAUUAUUUUCCUCGACCAGAACACGGUCUUUUCGUAUUUUCGUCAUUCCUGCCGACUGCAUUAUGGCUGACGCGUUUUUUGGAGGUAUCGAAGGGGGAGCAUCGGUUUCCACGGUCGUCAUAACUAACGGCAACGGAGACAUUUUAGCUGAACUCAAAGGAGAAGGCACGAACCCGUGGAUCCUUGGAAUAGAACCUUGCCUGUCUCGAGUCAAUGACUUAAUUAAAGAAGCUCUUAGGAAAGCUGAUCUUAAUAACAAUAUAAAAUUAAAUGGAUUGGGAUUGAGUUUAAGUGGAUGUGAAGAUCUCAUUUUCUGUAAAACGUUUGAGAAUAAACUAUUAGAAUGUUAUCCAGACCUUACUGAUGAAGUAAUUGUUGUUAGUGAUACAUUGGCACCAAUUGCUUUAGCCUGUGAAUCAGGCGGAGCUGUUAUUAUUUCUGGUACUGGUUCUAAUAGUCUACUAAUAAAUCCAGAUUCAUCAAUAAAAAGGUGUGGAGGUUAUGGUCAUUUACUUGGUGACGAAGGCAGCGCUUUUUGGAUAGCAUUUAAAAGUAUCAAAGUAUGCUUGGAUCAUUUAGAAGAUUUCAACUAUGCGCCAAAUGGUUACUCAAUUAACAGAGUAUGGGAAGCGAUUAAAGCACAUUUUAAUAUCGAUAAAGUUCUAGAUUUGUUGAAUGUAUUUUACGGUGAAAAAAAAGAAAAAUCAGAAAUAGCUAAAUUGUGUAAAACCAUAUCAGAACUAGCUGAAGAUGGAGAUGAACUAAGUCUGUGGAUCUUCAGUGAAGCUGGAAAAGAGUUAGCAAAAUUUAUACAAUCACUCUACCCAGGUGCUGAUAAAAAGUUACAUAAAGAAAAUGGUGGAUUGCAUGUGGUGUGCGUUGGAUCUGUAUGGAAAAGUUGGGGAUUACUCAAAGAAGGAUUUAUGAAUCAACUUGAUCACCACCACAACUCACAAGAAACUGUAGUAGAUGAAUUUACCUUAUUGGUGCUUGAAAAGACUGUUGCUUUAGGUGGAGUUUAUCUCAUUGCAAAAAAAUUAAAUUUCAACUAUCCGUAUGAUUAUGAACAUAACUAUAGAAAACUGUUCCAUUAUGUACAUGACCGACAAGGUCAAUAAUACUAGUGGAAAUUGAAUCAAAAACAAAUGUGGCCUUACCAAUUUAAAUUGUAAUUAUUGGUUAUAACAAUUAUGUACCAUUGGGUCUUGGAUUGGUGGCCUAUGCUCAUUUUUGUAUACUUGUUAUUUGAGCACUAUACAUUUUGUUAUAAUAAUUAUACUUUACUUAAUUUGUUAAUAGGUUUAGAAUAUUUAUUUGAAUGCCAAACUAGUUUUUAGUAGUAACAAAUAACUUAGACUUAGGAAAAAUAUACACUGUCAAUUAACCAUUCUUUGUAUCCUUAUUGUAUUUUUAAAUAGACCAGGAUAAGUUAGUAAAAUAUUAACAAAAAUCACAAGUUUGGGGCCAAAUAGUUUUAUUGUUAAUUUUAUUUUAAUCAUUGUUGUUAUUUGUUUUUAUUUUAAUUUAUUAAUUUACAAAUUUUUUUUUUUUGUCAUACUGCUAAUGUUUAAGCUUAUCCAUAAAUAUCCAUUUAAUAAAUCAUUUUACUUAAAAUUCUAAAUAAACAGUAGCAAUUACGUAUACAAAUACAUCUUAUUUGUAAUAUUAUAUUUUUACAUCAUUACAUUUUAAUAUUUAAGUAAUUUAUAUAGAAUUAUAGUGUGAAUGGUACUUGGAAAUUAUAGUUACCUCAAUUUUAUUUUGAAUAUAUAUUUAAUUUGUUAUUA